UGAAUGUGCCAGCUCCUCCCACAGCACAGCUUGUGUAGGCUCAGCAGCUCCGUCAUCUCCUCCACGGACACGGCGCCAGGCACAUCCUGCGAAGUAAACAACAAGCAAACCGGGCUCAGAAAAAAGAAGGUGUCCGUCACUGAUGUCUCAACCGCCACAACAAACGCUGCCCUCCGCCCCAGACUCGCCUGCACUGGUGGUCACCUCCAACGUGCAGAAAUAUGCUAUUAAGAAGAAAAAGGUGCUCAGCGCUGAAGAAACUGAGCUGUUUGAACUAACCCAGGCCGCAGGCAUCACUGUUGACCAGGAGGUCUUCAAGAUCAUAGUGGACCUGUUGAAGAUGAACGUGGCUCCUCAGGCAGUCUUCCAGACUCUGAAGGCAAUGUGUGCAGGCCAGAGAGUGGCUGAAAGCUGCGGCGGAGAGCCUUCCACUGCCUCCCACACCACGAGCAUCGCCACAGCACCGACAGAGCCCAGAGAAGAGGAUUCUUUGGUCUCUGGAAAGAGCCCUAAGCCUCCAGCAGCUCCCCCCUCAGCAUCUGGCCCCAGAGCCACAAGGGUCAACACUAAGAUUGUGGUCUACGGCCCUCAAGACUCUAGCUCUCCUCACUCUCAAGUGCGCAGUAAAGCUGGAGCGAGUCACAGUGAGAAGACCAGAGAGGUUUCCAGUCAGCGGGUGCAGCGGCAGCCCAGUGCCACUAGAGGGCAGAAGACCAAGAGCUCGGGCAGCAGUAGUUCCUCCUCUCAGAUAAACUCCACAUAAGACUCAGGUCAAUGUCACACCGUUUGUAAAUAUGUACUUUUCUUUGCAUAUAAUUUAUCAGUAUGUUUUACUGUGCAACCAAAACAUGCAGAGAGGUUUUGGUUUUAUUUGCCUUGGUUUUUAGAGAAUCGAGUUGUAUCACGGUGCUGAAAAAUUAGAUCUGAUCGCUCUGGAUAAUCCACAGAUCUCAGUGUGAACAGAUGGUCAAAGGGACUAUUUCUGCUUCGGCGAAGUUCCAAUGAAAACCGUUCACGCUGAGGUCGGUGAAGAUCAACCGAUAUCCGAAAGCCUCGGAAAAUAAAAUGAAAGCUACAGGCAUGAAAACGUAGGUACCACAGACUUUCAGAAAAUAGGGAUUUUUUUUUUAUUUGGGUAAACCCAUUCUUUAAAGUUCUAACAGUGUAAGAAAGUCCUGGACGUCUCCUCAUUCUUGUUGUGGCAGGUGUUACUGUAGGUGAGUGCAGUGUUUCGUCUGGCUGCUGUGUAACAUUCAGCAGACUCACAGAACGGAAAGAUUUUUACUGAAAAAUUCAAAUGUCUCUGUUCAACGUGCAACUUUUUAUAUUAUGAUUAAUCAUGAAUAAACCCAAUAACAACAUA